AUGGAAAAUAAAAAAGCAACAAUUGGAGCAUUAUUAUUAUCAUUCGGAUGUUAUUACUUCUUCAAGAACAGUUCAAUAACGAAUACGGAUGAUAAAAUUGUUAUUGCAGUGAAUUCUACAACAAUUAUUUCUAUCACAAUUAUUAUUAUUCCUUUAUUGUUAUCUGUAUUCCGCAAAUAUCAUCUCAAUGACAAUAACAAUAAUAAAACUAAUAAAGAAGAAAUUAUACAAGAAGAAGAAAAAUAUGUAAAACGUGCAAAACGAAUGGUUGACAGAUGGACUGGCAUACAACAACAAGUUAAUCGAAAGAAUCCAACAAAUGAAAUUAUUCUUAAUAGAAAUUCUAUUCUUCAAGAUAGUAAUAAUAAUUCAUCAUUUUAUAAUGAAACAUCAAAAUUAAUUCCAAUAUUUGCAGAAUGCGAAGUACUUGUUGUUGGUGGCGGACCAUCUGGAAUAUCAGCUGCUUUAGCAGCAAAACGAGCUGGAGCUGAUACAAUUCUUUUAGAAAAAUUUGGUUGUUUUGGAGGAGUAAUUACAACAGUAGGAAUGGAAACUAUUGGAUGGUAUAGAUAUGAAGGUACUGUAGAAUCACAAGGAGGUAUUGGUAUAGAAAUGGAAAGAAUUGCGAUGCAAAUGGGAGGUACAGUUAAAUGGCCAUAUAAUGAUAGUCAAUGUUUAGAUGCUGAUUAUUUUAAAAUUGUAGCAGACCAUCUUGUAACAGAAGCUGGAGUAAGACCUAUUUUACAUUGUUUAGCUGUUGAGGUUAUGUUAGAAAAUAAUAAAAUUGUAGGAGUAAUUACAGAAAGUAAAUCAGGUCGUUUAGGAAUACGAGCAAAACGAGUUGUAGAUUGCACUGGAGAUGCAGAUAUAGCACACUUAGCUGGAUGUAGUUACCGUAAAACUCCAAAAGAUGAAAUGUUAGGAGUUACAACUGUAUUUUCUUGUUCAAAUGUUAACAAAGAACGAUUUCUAAAAUAUACAGAAGAAAAUCCGGCUACUUAUGCUGAUUGGAGCCGAUUUUGGGCACAAGAAACUUCUGGAAAAGAAAAUCACUUACGUACUCCAUAUUUAGAUAAAGAAUUUGACAAAGCAAAAGAACUUGGUAUUAUUUCAAAAAGAUCAAAUAUUGGUGGAUCAUGGUCUUCCUUAACAGAUGCCGGUGAAGCUACAAAUCUUAAUUUAGUUUAUAUGACUAAUUAUGAUUGUACAAAUGUGAAUGAUUUAACAAAAGCUGAAAUGGAAGGAAGGAAAGAAACUUUGGAUGCAAUAAUGGCUUUAAAACAUGUUGUUCCUGGAUUUGAAAAGGCUAAACUAAGAAAUUUUGGUAUGACACUUGGUGGGCGGGAUUCAAGAAAAAUUAUUGGUCAUUAUAAUUUAACAGGAGACGAUGUAAAAAAUCAAGCAAAAUUUAAUGAUAGUAUUGGUAUAUUCCCAGAAUUUAUUGAUGGAUAUAGUAUUUUAAUUCUUCCUACAACAGGACGUUAUUUUGAAGUACCAUAUGGUUGUUUAUUACCAUUGGAAAUAGAUAAUCUUUUAGUUGCUGGAAGAUGUGUUGCUGGAGAUAAAACAUCGCAUGCAGCUAUGAGAAAUAUGGCUGCCUGUACAGUAACAGGACAAGGUGCAGGUGCUGCAGCAGCAAUAUCGUUAAAACAAGAUGUAACAACAAGUGAAGUAGAUAUUGAAUUAGUACAAAAAGAAUUAAUUCGACAAGGCGUGAGAUUACAUUAA